AUGGCUCCAAAAAACAAAAGCAAACCCAAAGAAAAAGACACCGCCUCCACAUCCGACAGCAAAUCCAAGCUCAAGCCCGCCACCUCCAUCAACGUCCGCCACAUCCUCUGCGAAAAGCACAGCAAAAAGGAAGAAGCCCUAGAGAAACUACGUAACGGCGCUAAAUUCGACGACGUAGCCCGCGACAUGAGCGAGGACAAGGCCCGCCAAGGGGGGUCCCUAGGCUGGAAAAUCCGCGGCAGUUUGUUGGCGGAUUUUGAAAAAGUCGCUUUUGAUUUGGAGCCGAGUACCACGGGCCAGCCUAAGAUUGGGGAGGUCAAGACGAGUGAGGGGUAUCAUAUUGUUAUGGUUGAGGGGAGGAAGUGA